AAGAGACAGAGCAGCGUCAUAAGCGCCCGGCCCCCUAAAGCGCUGCUGACUGGAGCAGCCUGGCUGCGGGCAGCGCGCGAGCGCGCAGUGGGGAUGGAGUAAAGGGAGACCCAUCGACCUUCCAGCGGGAAUCCGCGAUGGAGUUAAAGCCAUCCCUUUCCACCCAUCUGGAAGCGGAGAAACCUCUGAGGUGCUAUGGGGCGGUGGAGGAGACGGCCUGGAAAGCCGAGGGGCUGAGAAAUCAACUGGACAUCAUCUCCAUGGCUGAGACGACCAUGAUGCCAGAGGAGAUCGAGCUUGAGAUGGCGAAAAUCCAGCGUCUUCGAGAAGUCUUGGUUCGGAGGGAGUCGGAGCUCCGGUUCAUGAUGGACGACAUGCAGCUCUGCAAGGACAUCAUGGACCUGAAGCAGGAGCUGCAGAACCUGGUUGCCAUCCCAGAAAACGAGAAAACCAAGGUGCAGAAGCAGAGAGAGGAUGAGCUAAUCCAGAAGAUCCACAAACUGGUGCAGAAAAGGGACUUCCUGGUGGACGACGCGGAAGUGGAGCGGUUAAGGGAGCAGGAAGAAGACAAGGAAAUGGCGGAUUUCCUGAGGAUCAAGUUAAAACCUCGAGACAAAGUAACCAAGUCCCCAGCCAGCUCCCCGGCAGAGAAGAAAGCAGAGCCCCCACCUAGCAAGCCCACGGUGGCCAAGACGGGGUUGGCACUCAUCAAGGAUUGCUGUGGGGCCACCCAGUGCAACAUCAUGUAACCCCGAUGUGGGGUGCCCUUGGGGCCACGGGGCCACCGCCCCCUCCCACCCUCUUGUCUUCACAGCCCCCAUGGCACUGGGGCCCAAGAAGUCUCCAAGACGAAAGGGUUGAAGGCAAGCCUGUGACUGCCGCCAGGGGCAGUGGGCGCGGCAGGCAGGCCCGGCCGCCCUGUACAGAGUGUAGCAAUAGGGAGUCUCUCACUGUCGCAUGGCCCUCCCCUGAGCAUGCUGAACCCAGGCGUCUGUCUCACUGUCUAUCCAACUCUAGGAAAGGUCCUUU